AUGCCAACACGUACAGAGCUACCAUCCUUGCGGCCGCCGUGCCCUGAUGACUCACUGAGCACACCGUGGUCUAUCGCCGUCUAUCGUGAUAGGGAUUCCGCCACUCGAGAGGCGCUUCCACGAAUAUCAACAGCAGGAAUGUCCACUUCAGUCAGUGGGAACCGCAGUACGUAUGUAGUCCUAGCAGCAGAAAAUAAUGCUUCCGUCGCACAAAGUGAUGUGGAUAGUGCUGGACGUGUGAAGGAAAAAAUACGUCGACUCUUGAUACAACAGCGAAAAAAGUAUAGAGAAUUGCUUAAAUUAGAGGAUGAUGGUUUUAAGAGUAUUUUACGUCAAGCAGAACAUAGCGUAAAAAGUAUAACGGCAUUUAUGGAGUUUCGGCGCAAGAAGGAAGAAUCUGAAGAGCGUCGACGCAAAUUGAUAUUACCUUGGGUUGUAGAAAGUUUUUCUCUCCGAAUUGAACGACUCAUUCAAGUAGAACAGGAGCAGCGCCAAACAAUAAUACAAAAUGAACGCCGUGUUCGAAAAGCCAGACAACGUUUUGAAUGGGUAACAGGUGCGAAAAUGCGGUUUGAGCGUGCGGUGGAGGCUUUAUUGCAUGCAGAGGAGUGCCGUCGAAAAUUCAUUCAGCGUUCAGAGAUGCGUGAAGCACAGAGUAUACCACUUCUUCGUCCUUUUGUGGUUGUUUUUGAGAAUUUGGGUGUGUUGGGUCAGUGUCCAUUCGUAUCUGUGCAGGAUUGCCCGUAUUUCUGCCGUGGUGAAGGUGUGUGUAAUCCACACUAUGCGUACACCAAGAAGGGCAGAGUGGAGUCUUUAGCAGCAGCAACAACAAAAGCUCUUCUUGCUGUUUAA